AUGUAUAGGUUCGUCUUGGGCAUUCGCAGCGCUGUCUUUCGUGGCAUGUUCUACGGGAGUCUGCCUGAAAAAGGUGACAAUGCCAUCGACAUUUCUGAUAUUCAACGCGAUGCCUUCGGCAACAUGCUUAGUUUCCUGUACACGGACACGAUGGACAAUCUGACUGCGGAUAACGUCUUCUUCACUAUGUUUUGUGCCGACAAGUACGAUUUGCCGCUGCUGGUUAAAAUCUGCUCGGAUUUUGUUGUGAACCAGCUGACUCCCACUAAUUGUUUGGAAACUCUGAAGCAGGUGCAGUCAUUUUCUCAGUCGGCAGUCGGUUCUUUUGCGGUGAGCAUUGUGGAGAGGUGUUUGACAUUGAUUGAUGCGAACACUAGCGCGAUUCUGCAGUCGGAUCAAUUCACCGAGAUUUCUCAGGAUGUACUGCAAAGCAUCUUGCAGCGCGACACCCUGUCUGCGGAGGAGAACGAUGUGUAUCUUGCGGUUGAAAGGUGGUCAGCAGCCGCGUGUGCAGGUGGCGCCUUAGAUACGUCUGCUGCCAAUCGGCGUCAAAUGUUAGGUGCGGCUUUGUUCCACGUGCGAUUCCCUCUCUUGACGAACACGCAAUUGGCUGACGGUCCCGGCAAGAGCGGCCUGCUGACCGACGCUGAACUGUUGAGCGUGUUCAUGUACCAAAGUGCCACCGUCAAGCCGGAAAUCUCGUUUCCCACGGAACGCCGUACCGAACAGCGGCAGGUGGUGAUUGCGGCCACGAUUUUUCAAGCAGGGGACGAAGUUUUCGUGCAUACCGCUAGUGAUACUGGAGAGUUUUGGGAACCAGCCAGGAUCUGCGAGGUCCAUCCGCAGCAUGUCACCUUCACUUUGUUCAGGAGCUGGAUCAUGCCAGGCACCGCAACAGCCGACAAGAUUAUUCGUGCUAAGGACAUCCUGAAAAGGGCCAUCUGGUUUACGUCCACUGUUUAG